AAGCCCACAAGGCCAAGUUCACCUCUCUGGCUGAUCCCCCGGAAGUGGAGCUGGCCCGGAGAGUGGCCAGGCAGCGCAGUGACCUCCAGUACAAGGAGGACUACAAUAAGAACGUGAAGGGCCAAUGGUGCGAGACGCCGUACUUCGACGUGGCCACGGCCAGGGUGGCCAUGGAGAACCUGAGCAGUAAACGCUACACGCAGGACUACGAGGACAAGAAGGACCAGAUCUACUUCAUGCAGACGGACACGCCCGUCUACCACUCCAACAAGAAGGCCCGCAUCGCCGCUAGCCAGGUCCACUACAAGAAGGACUACGAGAAGGGCAAAGCGGAGGCCGACUACAACACGCUGCCCGCCACGGAGAACCCCCUGCUCAGGCAGCUGCGCUACGCCGGAACCAUCCUCAGUGAU